GCCUCUACCAAAAGCAGGAAGUUGGUCGAAGCAGAAAUGUCAGAGCAAGAUUAGUAGCCGUUAAACAGUAAACGAUGUGAAAAUACUUUUUGUAGAGCUUGAAUUCUUUGUUUCUAAUCGAGCAGUUUGAAAAUGAAUGCGCUCCGAGAAGUUCUAGCAGCCAUUAUGUGCAUUUUUAGUUUAACGAUUCUGGAAGGACGCUGUGAAUCAUCUGGACCAGAGUCACGCAAUCGUGGCUUUGAAACGUAUAGUUUAAAUGGUAAAUGGACAGUAUCCAACUCGAACGGUUCAUUGUCGUUCGGUGCAGACGUGCCUGGUUGUGUGCAUACAGGACUAUUGAAACAGGGACUAAUACAGGACCCCUAUUACAGGUUCAAUGACUUGGCCUACCGGUGGAUUUCUCUUGACAAUUGGACAUACACAAGCACAUUCUCAGUGCCGACUGAGAUGAGGAGCAAGCAGAAGGUGGUUUUGGUCUUUGAGGGCGUGGACACAGUUUCCUCCAUCACCCUCAACGGAGCGACCGUGGGCACGACGGACAACAUGUUCCUCCGAUAUGGCUUUGAGGUUCGAGGUCUGCUCAGGGAGCGGGGGAACGUCCUCACCGUCGGCCUCUCAUCAGCCGUGGCGUACGCCGCGAAGCGUAGCCAGGCUCACUCCGCCUACCCGGUCCCUCCCGACUGCCCCCCGCCUGUGCAGAAGGGAGAGUGUCACAUCAACUUCAUCAGGAAGGCGCAGAGUUCUUUCAGCUGGGACUGGGGGCCGUCCUUCCCCACCCUGGGGCUGUGGGGGGGCGUGCAUCUGGAGGCUUACGACUCGCUGCGGCUGCUGUAUCUCACCACGACACCGGCUCGUGAUGGCCCCUCCCAGUGGAGUGUGGGGGUGGAGCUGCACUGUGAUGCGGUGGUGGCGGCAGUGGGAUACGUGACGCUCCUCCUUCCUGAACUUGCUACGCAGCAAACUUACCGGGUCUUCCUGCCAGCAGGAGAGAGCAGGAGCACGUUCAUCCUUCCUGUCAACAAGAGCGCUGAAGUGGCCCUGUGGUGGCCCAGGGGUCACGGCUCUCAGCGCCAGUACAACAUGAGUGUGCAGGUGGAGCUGGACGGAGGCUUCGCCAUCGACACCAAAACCCUGGUGUCUUUCCGCACAGCGGAGCUGGUUCAGGAGCCCGUUGCAGAGUCCCCCGGAUUAAGUUUAUACUUUAGGAUCAACGGGAUUCCCAUCUUCCUCAAAGGUUCCAACUGGAUCCCAGCCCAUGCCUUCCAGGAUCAGGUCACGCCCAGCGUGCUGCGGAACCUUCUGCAGUCAGCUGUGGAUGCCAACAUGAACACGCUGAGAGUCUGGGGGGGAGGAGUCUACGAGCAAGAACAUUUCUACCGUCUCUGCGAUGAACUGGGUGUCAUGAUUUGGCAGGACUUCAUGUUCGCUUGCGCCCUGUACCCUACUGACUCCGAGUUCAUAGAGACAGUGAGAAAGGAGGUGACUCACCAGGUGAAGAGGCUGAAAUCCCACCCCUCCAUCAUCGUGUGGAGCGCAAACAACGAGAAUGAGGCCGCCAUCGCCACAAACUGGUUCGGCAUCCCCACCUCCCAGCGCGACCGCUACCUGAAGGACUACGUCACGCUCUACGUCACCAACAUCAGGGAGAUCGUUCAGAAGGAGGACGCGAGUCGCCCAUUCCUCACCUCCAGCCCCACCAACGGGGCCGAGUCGGAGCAGGAGGGCUGGGUGGCCCGGAACCCCUACGACACCCACUUUGGGGACACGCACUUCUACAGCUACCUGCAGGACUGCUGGGACUGGAGGGCCUUCCCCCGUACCCGCCUCGCCUCGGAGUACGGCUUCCAGUCCUGGCCCUCCUUCUCCACCCUGCAGAAGAUCUCUGCUCCUGAAGACUGGAGCUACCAGAGCAACUUCUCCCGGCACCGGCAGCACCACGACACCGGCAACCAGCAGAUGCUGCAGCAGGCCAAGCUGCAUUUCCACCUGCCGGACUCUCCUGACCCUCUCCUCACCUACAGAGACACGCUCUACCUCACGCAGGUGAUGCAGGCGCAGUGCGUGAAGGCUCAGACAGAGUUCUACCGUAGGAGCCGGAGUGAAAUCAUAAACGGACAAGGCAAGACCAUGGGCGCCCUCUACUGGCAACUUAAUGACAUCUGGCAAGGCCCAUCCUGGUCCUCUAUUGAGUUUGGGGGCAAGUGGAAGAUGCUGCAUUACUUUGCCCAGGACUUCUUUGCCCCUGUGCUGCCAGUGGGGUUCCAGGACCAGGGGCUUUUACUGAUCUACGCUGUAUCCGACCUGACCUCUGACCUCACUCUCAAAGUUGUGAUUACAGUGUACCAGUGGAGCAGCUUGGAGCCGGUGUGCACUCUAGCCUCCAGGGCGGCGCUGGUGAGUGGAGGGAGUGCCCUGCCUCUGUAUAAGCAGCCCAUGACUGCCCUGCUGGCGGGAUGCAGGAACUGCAGCACGCUGACCUGCAUCCUGACCUUUCACCUGGAGGACUCCGAAGGCCAGCGCGGCCCCACAAACCACCUCUUCCUCAGCUCUCCCAGAGAGGCACAAGGCCUGCAGACACCUAAUAUCACAACUAGCAUCCGUCAGGACGGGGACACAUACUCAGUCACUCUCCACACCUCUGCAGUCACCCCGUUCCUGUGGCUGGACGUUGGGGACAUCCCAGGACGAUUUGAGUCUAAUGGCUUCCUCAUGGUAACAGAGAGCCGGACGGUGCGCUUCUACCCCUGGGGCCCCACCAGCGCCGCCCUGCUGUCCCACGCCCUACAGGUCACCUCACUCAGGGGGGUGUACCAACCACAGCAGUGACCGCAACCUUAUGGACACCCAACCUCAGGGGAAAUUUUGUUUUCUUAUAAUUAUGAUUGUUAUUUGAAGUAAAUGCCCAGUGUAUUAAUGGACCUGGUAUAAAAUAGGGGCAACAUGGCUCAGGCAGUAAGAGCAGUCGUCUGGCAGUUGGAGGGUUGCCGGUUCGAUCCCCCGCCCGGGCUGUGUCGAAGUGUCCCUGAGCAAGACACCAUUGGCUGUGUCAGGCUGUGCCUGAGCAAGACACCUAACCCCUAAAUGCUCCUGACGAGCUGGUCGGUGCCUUGCAUGGCUGCCAAUCGUCGUUGGUGUGUGAAUGGGUGAAUGAGAAGCAUCCAAUUGUACAGCGCUUUGGAUAAAGGCGCUAUAUAAAUGCCAACCAUUUACCAUUUACCAUUUACCACAAAAGGUGGGCUACUGGGUGGCUUGUCCUUUGUGUGGAUGGGCCCGCUAUCUGUUAUGGGAUCUGGACUGUGCCAGAGCCGGCUGUGGCUGUGGCUAUGGCACAUUGGCACACCUGGCCUUAACUUUGCCCGGAUACGGGAGGGCUCUCGUGCAACAGCACCCCACCUGCAGUCUUCCUGCAUAUUGAAAGGGUCUUUCUCAGGCUGUGUGACCUGCUGGACUGCAGUGGGGAAAGCAGCCAUUUCACAGCACACGUUACAGAGGACAGCGGGAGCUGCUCUGACUUUCCUGGACUGAGAUAAAAACCAUGGAAAACUGGAUGGAUACAACCUGUUGAAAAUUCCAGCUAAGACCAGCGAGGAUUUGAAGCUGCUUUAACCUGUGUUUUCAGCACUUCUAGGUGGUCGUUGGCUAGUCAAAGCUGGUCUCUAGCCGGACAAAGCUGGUUAAGAUGGUAACGUUAGAGUCAUUUGGUGGUGUAACUGGUGGACUUGCUGACUAUUUAGGCUUGUCUGCAGGUGAACAGCUGGUUGACCAGCUAAUAGUGUCAAAACACAGCUUAAACCAGCUUGACCAGCUUAGGCCGUUUACACUGGCAUUUUCAGCAGGGCCUGCGGUACAUUAACAAGAGUCUAUUAAACAAUACGUGCAUAUAAUGCAUCAACAUAUUGAUGUGAAAUGUUGCUUGUGCUAGACUUUGCAGUUUGGUCUCUGCACCUUGAAGUGGUUUGGUGUCAGUUGGAUGAUUCACACAUGCUGCUAGUAGCAACAGUGAAUGUGUGGGGGAGAUAUUUCAAAAGGUGCCGUUGAUUUAUAACCGAAAGUAAUAUUAAUUUAUAUUGCUUAAGAGCACAAAUGUCCAAAAGCACUUUAUACUUUUCCGAAUUUUAUUAUAAAAGUAUUACAAUCAGCCAAUUAAAAAGCAAACCUUGAACACA